AUGUCUACCAUAAUUAUCGACCAAGAUUUCCCCACGCCACACGAAAACGAACCACCGUCAACCCCUCGCGCGACUUCGCUGGAUCUCGAGACACCCGCGACCACCGGCCAGGGCUCGUGGGGGUCUCCGGCCUUCUACCAGUCAGCACGAAAGUCAAGUAGUCAUGCGCUGGACUCGGCAUUUGACCCAUUUACCGAGGAGGAUGGAUUUGUUCCAGGGAAAGGCCGAAAACGACCUCGGUACAGCUUGCGACGAGAUGAGUGGCGCGUUGUGGAUGAACCAGACAGUCCCAGAGAGCAUGAAGCAUCGCUAGACUGGGACAGCUUGAUUGAAAAUGAAAUUGAUGUCGAGCAGGAUAUAGACGGGUCCAUCGAUGAUCAGCCUAAUAAAGACUUGUCAGCGGAAGUCAUCUCAGAUGCCUUGGACCAGAACCAUAUUGACGAUCCAUUCCAAGAUCAUUCAUCUGAAUUUGUCAAACCAAGUUUGGAACUUGCUGGAGGUAUCUUUGGCAGGCGUGCACUGCAAUUGGAUACCGCUGUGCCUGGAUCGAGUAGAUCAGAUAGUUCCCUAGGGGCUGCCUACAAUUUCCCUACAGACACGCCUCAACUCCGUCCCGUCCCGUCUCCGGGCCUUCCAAUUCCAUCGCCUCUGGUGUCUAAUCAGAAUAACGCUCAUGGAUAUUUCUCGCCAUUCCAUGUGGCACCGCCACUAAAUAAUAUUCAUCCCAAAGAAGCCGAGACCGACCCAGGACCUCUGGACCAUGUACAUCCACUUUUCGGACGUGAACCGAUUCCAAAGUUUGGUGAAGAAUUGGAAAACGUCCAAAAUGAACAUCCUACAUCAGCUCCGAAAACACCAAUUACCCAGCCGCCUUCAACAUUAUUACCUGAAGUAAUGUCUGGUGAAAUCUUCGCAGGCCAGAGAGAGGACUUUGGGUCCGUUGAAGCUCUCCAAGAUUCUUAUCUCUUAGAGUUUCAAACUAGAGCCGAAACGACGCCGGAGGCUCAACGCACAGCGUCACUACUACCCGUACAGGAUGAUGAUUACAGGCAAGAUGAUAAGCAUGAUGAACAGAAUGGCGAUGUUGCAAUGGCAUCUGGUUUUGGGUCGCAGCACAGAACUGAAAUGUCCGUUGUAGGAACUCAGGACUUUGUCACUGCCGAUGCCGACGUGGAAAUAGCUGCCGGGCAAGUCGAAGGCUAUGUGCAACAAGACUCGGGGAGUGAAGAUGCGAUCUCCCAUGCGUCCCUGGCUUUGCAAGAUCGCCCCUCACGUCAGGCAAGCUACAGUGGCGAGGAAAAUGACACAUCUGAACAGGAUCACGUUUCUGAUGGUAUAAUAUCCUCUGAUUCAUCUGAUGAUGAGUCUAACGAUGAGUUUGACUAUGAAAACGAGGAUGAAGAUGAUAUUCAUACCGGCGAAAGUGAUGCUGAGGAUGCCGAGGAAGAAUACCGAUCCCCGGCCCCAAUCGUGCAGCCUGAGGUCAUUAUCUUGGACAGUGAUAGUGAAGAUGAGAUUGCUUCGGAGCAGCCCACAUCCCAGGACAGACAGUUUCAUGAACCCGCGGUUUAUAUUGACCGCAUGGGCUCUGCAUCUGGAAGCCCUAUUCUGGAGGAAGAAGAAGAGGAAGAAGGAGAGGACGAACAAGAGGACGAACAAGAGGACGAACAAGAGGACGAACAAGAGGACGAACAAGAGGACGAACAAGAGGAAGAAGAAGAAGAAGAAGAAGAAGAAGAAGAAGAAGAAAACGACUUUGAUGAAAGAGGUAAAGUCCAGCCCGUGACUUACGACGAGGCGGACUUUGAGGUCAUCGAACAUGAUAAUAAUGCUGAAUGUUCAGGUCGGGAUGACCGAGUACAGGACAGCGAUUUGGACGACGAGUCUUCGGUGGAUGUGUUGGCCCGCGAUCAUUACCACCUGGAAACCCCCAGUCGCAAGCCACACGGACGAGAACCAGAGGAAGAGCAACUUCAAAAGCUCGCUGAAGAUCAUAAUGAUUCUGAAGCUGGAAAUGGCGCAAAAUUAAUCGUGAACUUGGAGUCCGACGAUGACAAAAUGCCUCAAGAAGCCGCAAAAGGAGCUUCUCCAACGCUUGAGGAGCAGCCUGAUGAUCGAAAUCAGGGAGACUGGAACUUGUCUCUACGCGGACAACCCAGUAGAAUACCGGAGACUCGUGACACUUUCGACGGCGUGGACGAGUAUUCAGUCCACGAAUCCUCGGCAAUUGAAAAAGCAGAUCAUCAGAUUAGUCUUGAACAAGAUGUUGACGGCCCCGUCGACCUGAACCAAACGAAUCUUGACUUCGAAAACAAGGAGAAUCCUGAUGCUUCAGUCGAUCCUGAAACAGACCUUGCAACAUCUCCUCAGAAGGGCGCAGAACAGCAACUUCUAACUCCUGAUCCCACACAGGAGGUGACGUCUAGCCAUCAACAACAACCCUCAAUGAGCGAGGUAUCAAAAACCCCGCUUGCCUCGGUCACUCCGACGCCUCCCACAGGCCUGGCCAUAUCGCUACGGGCAGCCAAUGAACCACCAAUGUCAUUCAAUGACUUAGAAGACGAGGUAGUCCCUGUCGGUGCUUCUGCUCAGCAAAAGGAGUCUGAAAAACAACCAAACGGCGAUUAUAUCCUCUCAGAGGUAGCGGCCCGCGACACCACUCUUCGUCCUCCUCCACUCGACGUGGCCACAAAACACCGAGCACCAGAUCGUCAUGCUGCAGGGCUACGCAGCAAAUUAUCAUAUUUCGCUCCUCUAGCAACGCUUGUCGACCACUAUGACACUCUGGUGGACACAAUUUCAAUCGUGCACCAGGUGUCUCUUGUUGCGAAGGCAACCUCCGGCUCCAAAGACUAUUUUGUAACAGUCCACCUUACAGAUCCUUCAAUGGCUGGCACGACCCUGCAAGUGCAGAUUUUCCGACGCUACAAAUCUGCAAUGCCAGACCUUGCCGAAGGCAACUCAAUCUUGUUGCGAGAUUUCAAAGUUCGAAGUUACAAUAAUGCUAUCAUGCUAGUCAGUGUCGAUUCUAGCUCGUGGGCUGUAUUCAAUGAGUCCGGAUCAGAUGCCGAAAUGACAGGCCCACCUGUUGAAUAUAGUUCGGAAGAACGAGACUUUGCGGCUGGACUACAAAAGUGGUACACGGACGAUGGGGCAGCUAUGGUCGCCGACAACCAACUCCAGGCCUCAAUUGAAAGAGAAAGCAGGGAGGCAACUCCGAGCAGCAUAGCGGAUAGCGAAACUGGAAGCAUGGAGUUGUCUUUUCGGGGUGAUGCACCACGGUCUGCUCGAGGUUCGCGCCGCUCCCGGAGAAGAAGUCACCGGGUCACUAUUCACGAACUACGAGACGGCACUCGUUACACCGAGGUUGGCUCUCCCAGUAGUAGGGAAAGCAUCCAUGAGUUGCGGGAUGGUACAGUCUAUGCCAAUCUCUGA